AUGAAGGUUUUGUUAUAGGUACAGCCAUUAUUUUGAUGUAUAAGAUUCAAAGAAAGAAAACAAAGCUUUAAAAUUUGAACUAUUAUAAUUAUAUAAAUAAAAAAUGGAAGAUGAAAAAGCAUUAAAUAAAAUACAAUAAAAAUCAUAAACAUAGUAAAUUACUAAAUUAAAUUCAAAAAAACAGUCAGAUAAUAGACCAUAAACAUAAGAAGGAAUAAGAUCAGAAGGUAAUUUAUUCAUAAAAGAUGAUUUAAAUGCUGAAUUUCUUUGAAGAGAAUAAUCCUCAAAGGCAGGAUUUAGAUCAUAUCUAUCAACUAAAAACAAUGAUUAAGCAUCAACACAAUUUGAUUUUUUUAAAUGAGAGAUAUCUACUUAAUAAUAUAGUAGAUUUCAUCCUGAAAAUUAAAUGGUAUUCUUUUUUCUUUAAUUUUAGAUAGAAGAAAGAAAUAAUUAAAUAGCAGAACUAAAAUAAUUGUUAUAAAAAGAAAAAAACUUAUGUCAAUAAUUAAAAUGUGAAUUUUAAAAAUAGAAUACUUAAAGAGGAGAAUUAGAAGUAGUAUUAUUAGAUUGUGUAAAUUAUAUUAAGAAAGAUAUUGCAUCUCGAUAAAUUGUUUAAAAAUAACCAUUUUUGGGUAAUACUAAUAAAACACAAAAAAUUGCUUAGUAGAUUGCCUUUGAAGAUAUUGACUAUCGAUAAUUUACUCAUUAAGAUAAAAAGUAAUAAUUUCAACCUUAUUUACUAAAGAGCACUCCUAAAAAAAUUCUUGAGUUCUGAAUAAUUUUUAGAUUAAAUAUAUCAACUUACUUUUAAUAGUCAAAUGGCCAGUACAUCACAAUUGAAACUCAAUGAGAAAUGGAAAUAAGAUGCAAAUGAUGCAACAAAGAAAUUCAAUAAUUUUAAAAUAUACAAAUUUAGAAAUAUUACUAGUUAACGUAUUUAUUUAAUUAGAAUUUUUAGCUAUUAUAAAAUAAGUGAUAUCUAAAUAAGAAUCAAAUAUUUUAAAUGAUCUCCACGAUCAAGUAGAUUAAGAUUAAGAACUAGUAGAUCAAAUUGUAUAAAAUUGA